GAUUGGACUACGAUAAAACUACAACAAUAUUAUUAAAUUUGAAUUUUACAUUUAUUUGUGCCUGAUGGUUAAAUUCAUUUUCAUUGGAAAUGCCUAAAAAACGAGAGCCAAAAAUAUGUGGCGUUUGUGGCGGUAAAGCAAUUGCCAAAAACUUUGGUGCAAUGAGUUGUGGUCCGUGUAAAGCGUUUUUCCGUAGGAAUGCCAUUCAAAACAGAGAAUGGAUUCUGAAUGACGAACAGAAAGAAGUGAUUAAAAAGAGGUUACAAGAGAACAGACAAUUGAAACUCAUGUCACAAAAAGUGGACAAUUCUGUCGCCAAUUCGUGCGAUUCCUUAACAGAAUCGUCGGAUACUAACGACUCAAACAGCAGUAAGAAUUGUGACUUAAAAGUGUCGCAAUAUAUGGAAAGGGAUGUGUGUUUUAAAUCUCAAGAAUUCAUUGAUAAUAAUGACAAUUAUUAUGAUAACUCUGGAACUCAUUCAUCAAAUGGUUGUGACAUAACUACAAACUCAUCAAUGAUUGCAAUUUGGCGUCCGAUCACUGAUUACAGCAAUACUUUCAACGAAAGGGAAAGCAUUUAUUUAUCGGAGUUACUGUCGGCUAUGGAUAUGAUUAGAGAUCCUGUGCCUACCAAUGCUCAGGAUUUAACAUCAUUUGAGGAGAUCCACAGAAUAAUGACACUGCGACUGGAUAUGGGUGUCCGGGACAUCAUAAAAGUGACCAAAACUUUGAGUGCAUUUCAAAGCGUCUCAGAAACCGAUAGAUAUAUUCUCGUGAAGUAUAGCUGCGUUGAGAUCUGCCUAUUGAGGUCUGCCCUCGUGUUUGACUACCAGACAGAGUACUGGACUAAUAAUGAGGAGUCGUUUUGCAUGAAACUGGAUGUCAUAAAACACAGCUCCUUAGCCGUGUAUAACGCGUACAAAAAGUUUCAGCAGAAAGUAUACCUCUAUUUGUUGAGACGAUACAUGCAAUUGAAGUACCGAUCGGACGGCGGCAUCAAAUAUGCGAAGAUAUUGAAUGUAUUAAACGAUUUACACCUUUUAGGACAUUUGCAGCGACAGAGCGGUUCCCAAAAGGAUCCCAAACAGUUGGGACCACUACUCACCGAGGUCUAUGACACGAAUAGUCACACCCCAGUCAAUCAUAUGAAUUAA